GUGCGGGCAGCGGCCCCGCCCGGCUCCGGCUCCGGCUCCGGAAGCGGGCGGCGCUGCCGGCGGAGCCGUUUCCUGCCCGGGACGCGGCGGAGCGGAGCGGAGCGGCUCGGAGCCAUGACUCACCAGACCGGCAUCCACGCCACCACGGAGUUAAGGGACUUUUUUGCCAGAGCCCGAAAUGGUUCGGUUCGGCUCAUCAAGGUCGUCAUUGAGGACGAGCAGCUCGUUCUGGGAGCGCACAAAGAGCUGUCCCGGCGCUGGGACAUGGACUACGAUGCCUUCGUGCUGCCCUUGCUGGAUGAGCAGCAGCCGUGCUAUGUGCUCUAUCGCCUGGACAGCCAGAACGCCCAGGGCUACGAGUGGCUCUUCAUCUCCUGGUCCCCUGACAACUCCCCGGUCAGGCUGAAGAUGCUGUAUGCCGCAACCAGAGCAACGGUGAAGAAGGAGUUUGGAGGGGGGCACAUAAAGGACGAGAUGUUUGGAACAGUUAAGGAGGACGUGUCCCUGAGCGGCUACCAGAAGCACGUCUCCUCCUGCUCCGCGCCCGCCCCGCUGACUGCAGCCGAACAGGAGCUCCAGCAGAUCCGCAUCAAUGAGGGUAAAGUGGCCCAGGACCUGCCUUCCCUGGCUGCCAGCAGAGACAUGGUAGGCCUCCAUCCUCCCAGCAUGUUCCUUUCCCCCGUCUCGUUUCGAACGAGACCCCUGCCGUCCCCGCCUGGGGUGCUGCUGACGGUGUCUCCUCUCCCCAUGUCACAGGGCUCCUGCUCCCAGGACUCGAGCACGGAGGUGAUGGUAGGGGGCUGUUGCUGCUGCCCAUCGCUGGUAGAGUACCCCGGCCCCGAGGAGGUGAAGACGGAGAUCAGCGUGGAGAGCAAGCACCAGACCCUGCAGGGCCUGGCCUUCCCCCUGCAGCUGGACGCGCAGCAGGCUAUCCAGGCACUAAAGCAGAAGAAAAUCAACUACAUCCAGCUGAAGCUGGAUCUGGAGCGGGAGACCAUUGACCUGGUGCACACAAGCCCCACGGAGAUAGCUGACCUGCCCAAGAGGAUCCCCCAGGACUCAGCUCGCUACCAUUUCUUCCUGUACAAGCACUCACACGAGGGAGACUACCUGGAGUCUGUCGUGUUUAUCUACUCCAUGCCUGGGUACAAGUGCAGCAUCAAGGAACGCAUGCUCUACUCCAGCUGCAAGAGCCGGUUGCUUGACACUGUGGAGCAAGAGUUUUGUCUGGAGAUAGCAAAGAAGAUUGAGAUCGAUGAUGGAGCUGAGCUGACGGCCGAGUUCCUCUAUGACGAGGUGCACCCCAAGCAGCACGCCUUCAAGCAGGCCUUCGCCAAGCCCAAGGGGCCCGUGGGGAAACGGGGACAGAAGCGGCUGAUCAAAGGCCCGGGAGAGAAUGGCGAAGACAGUUAGAUCUGGACGGGGCAGGACCGGGCAGUGAACGGACAGCAUCCCUAUGGCGUUUCCCGGCUUCCACCUCUCCGCUUCCAGGCCUUUCUGCUGACCUGGGGAUCUUUCCCUCCAUCUCAGCCUUCCCCUUCGCCCCCUUUUUCCUUUCUCAUUCCUUUUUGAGCAUCAGGACGGGCUGUUUCACUCAAGGGUAGAGUGGUGGGGAGAGGGCAGGUUCUAGGUGUUUGUGUUGCUUUCCCCCUGUCCUUGUGCAAGCCUCGGUGCAGCUGGAGGAGGAUAGGAGCAGCAGGGACCAUGUCCCCAGCCUGCUCUGGUCCCACCUGGGAUCACGGCUACUGCUCUUGCUUUCCCCUGGUUUACCUGCGCCAAGUGAAGGACUUGCUCACCUGCAAGCUGCUCUAUGCAAAGGAAGGAGAUGACAUCUGGCAUUGACUUGAUAGCUGAAAACAUGAAAUGCUUCUUUCCCUGCUCCCUCCUUCCUACAGAUUUUGCUCACCACGUCUGUGUGCGCAGUCCUGCUAUGCAAGUCCUGCGGUAAUCCAGCCCCUGCCAGGUUACAGCCAAGCACCCAUGCCUCCAGGGUGGGCUUUGCUGCUGCGGCCUCAGCGUCUGGCAGGAGAGUUUGUCUUUUAGGACAGCCAGCCUUUAUUUCAUCGGGAUUUGAAUUUCAGGCAGUGCAGAUGUCUCUUCCCUUCCUCUCUCCUUCCCCGAUGUCAUAUGGAGCAGCCCUUGUGGCCAGAGCACUGGAAACCAAGCAACAGCUUUUGUUUUCCAGCUGCCCCGCUCUUGAUGCUGCUUGUGGCUGCCUUGGUGGCUCCCCCAGAGGAAGGUGCCCCACUCAGCCACCCUGUGCUGCUCUUGAGCCCUGCUCCAGCUCCCCAGUGCCUCCCAUGCUGGGGUGGCUGUGAAGCCCCUCAGGUCUGAGCUUGGUCCUCAGUGCUGGCAGAACAGAGGCAGAUUUUAAAGCCUGUUUUUCACAGCCGUGCAUGCAGAUGGUGGGCAGGGGAGGAGGAAGGGCAGCACCAGGCUCUGUUUCCCCCUCUGAUCACUCUCUUUAGGUGGAAAAGGGUAAGGCAGAAGGUCUUCCAUGAGUCUUGAGGUCAGCUUGACCCUGGAGAAGGGUUAUUCUGCCUUUUGGCAGUGUUUGGAUCCCUUUUUGACCCCACCCAAAUAUGUUCUUUUCCCUUGGAGGGAGCUGUUACAGCUUGGACUCAGCCCUGACCCUCCUGCCCAGGCUGGGUUAAGGAUGGGGGCUGGCACUGAUUCCGUGGCAUCCCUGCAACCUGUACCAUCUUCCUGUUCUUUUCAGCCUCCCCCAUUUGCUUCAUCCACCUCCCUGUGUUUCACUGGCAUGGGGAGGGGGUCUUGGUGUUUGUGGUGUGAUCACAAGCCAGCAGCAGGGGCUGGGGCUGGCCUGACUCUGCCCUGAUCCUCAGUUUUGUCAUUCCUGGGAGAAACUUCUGGUCCUGGCACCUGUGGGAUGGAGGGGAUGGACGGACAAGUGCAAGGAAACAGGGUGGGAGAUGGGAUAAAGCCCUGAGCCUGUCUUAAAAAUUCUGUGGGCUAUCCCAAAUCCUGGUGUGGGGAAGGCUGGCAGCCCUGGCAUGUCCCUCAGCAGCUCUGCCCAGCCUGGGGGCUGUCCCCCUGUCCCCUCUCCCAUUCCGGGCUGGGUUAGGGCACGGUGCACGUCCCUGGCCACCAAGGGCCGAGGUUGGUGCUGCAGCUUUGGCUUCAUGAAGGGAUUGUGUGGGAGGAACGUGCCUUGCUGCUGGGUACUACUGAGGUCUCAAGAGCUGCCUGCCUUCCCCCCUGCGCUCUCCAGGCACUGGAAACACCGGGGCUGUGCCCCCUGCCCUUCCCUGCUCGCCGGUGAGUGUGCCGACAUUGCCUUGACCGUGUUGGGGUGCUGGCUGCAGGAGCCAGGGUGCCCUGGCAAGGUGGGGUGUGAAGCCUGGGGGGAGCAGAGCAUACUGUACUGAACGCUGUAUUUUCUAAAGAAUAAAGUAUUUUUAAAACA